AAAUCCACUUUGAAGUCCCCUUCUCUAGAUAAUCAUUCCCAACACAAUUUCUCUUUUCCCCGCCAUUCACUUGGCAAUUUCUCUUCCAAAUCUGUCCCUCUAGGGCUCCCACUCCGUUCCUCUUUCUCCCAAAUUUCUUCCGCCAAAACCCUAAUUCGCCCUCAGAUUUCACCGUUUCUUCGCGCUUUCAUGCCCUUCCCGUGACCAAAUCCAUGAGUUUCCCUGCCACCUCCGGCGCCGCCGCGCUGGCGUCUUCCGGCCACCGCGGUAUCGGUCUCUCCAACACCGUCCACUCCGAGCUCGCCUCGUGCCUCCCGCUGCCGUCCCUCCCGGUCUUCUGCGGCGCCUCCGAUCAGGACCUCCGCCUCGUCGACUCGCCGGCGCGCCUCAACCGCGUCGACGUACUCGCGCAGUCCGCCAAGAUCGCCGAGCUGCUCCGCCACACCGAUGUGUCAUACUUGAAUUUAAGAGAUGAAGCCAAAGGUGUUCCCUAUAUAUAUGUUGAGCCUUUAGAACUCCAUGAUGAAGUUCUCAGGUGCAAUCCUGAAGCAUUUGAAUACAGCACUGCAGGUCAUGUCAAGGAGCAGAUCUCUGGUAGUGCCGCAGUACCUGAAAAAAGGCAAUCAGAAUCAAGUUUUCCUAUCCAAAGUCAGACUCAAAAAGACUAUAAUGCAAUACAUAGUCGCCAGCUUGAUAAUUUUUCCACAAAUGAUAUCUCUUCGUUGUCUUCUAAAAAAUUAAAAGUAAAAAAGAAAGGUGGUGAUGGAAUAUCCUUAGCACCUGAUUCUGCUGAGCUUCAAGGUACCUACAUUGAAAGGUUUCGUGAGUUUUUGGAGGACUUGUGCAACAAUGCUGAAUUUCAUAGUGAUGAUCGAGAUGAAGCAGAAUGGUUGCCAUUGCCUCUUACAGAUCUUAGAUUACUUGUCAAUGAGAUAACAUCUAUUCGUGAAAAGAAACUUCUGCAUUUGGUUCCUGUAGAAGUCCUUGUUAGACUAUUAAAGGUUCUAGAUCAUCAGAUACAUAGAGCAGAAGGCCUGUCAAUUGAGGAAUGCGAUAAUUCAGAUUCAGAAUUAGUUUCAUCUGUUUUAAUUGCAUUGGAGUCCAUUCAUGCUGCACUAGCAGUGAUGGCUCACACUGAUAUGCCAAAGCAACUCUAUAACGAAGAGAUCAUUGAGCGAAUUCUGGAGUUUUCCAGGCGUCAAAUAAUGGAUGUUAUGUGUGCAUGUGAUCCAUCAUACCGUGCGUUACAUAGACCUAGUGAGAACACUGCAUUUGAAGUUGAUGAUUAUGAAGAUAAUGAUGCUGAAUUUGGUUCAGCCAGCAAGAAACGGCGAACUAGCAAGACUUCGAAGUUGAAGAAAUCAGCAUCAAGCAGGCUCUCUACUGCUGUAAAUACUAUUCUUCAGAAGUUGUGCACUGUUCUUGGGCUACUCAAAGAUUUGUUGUUAAUAGAGAGGUUAUCAGAUAGUUGCAUACUACAACUUGUAAAAACAAGCAUUACAACAUUUUUGGUUGAUAAUAUCCAGCUUUUGCAAUUGAAGGCAAUCAGUUUACUCAGUGCGAUAUUCUAUUUAUACACACAACAUCGCAAUUAUGUGAUAGAUGAAGUGGUUCAACUUCUGUGGAAAUUACCAUAUUCAAAACGAGCUUUAAGAUCUUAUCACGUACGCGAGGAAGAGCAAAGGCAGAUCCAAAUGGUUACUGCUUUGCUGAUUCAGUUGAUUCAUUGUAGUGCUAACCUCCCUGAUGCUUUAAGAAUGGCUUCAAAUGGUAAUGCUGUAUUAGAAGCCUCUGUUGAUGUUAGUUAUCCAAUUAAAUGCCAUGAGGCAGCGACAGAAUCCUGCUGUCUGUUUUGGAGCCGGGUACUUCAGCGGUUUGCAAGUGUGAAGACUCAUGAUGCUUCUGAGCUGAAAUCCAUUAUAGAGAAUCUUGUUACAGAUUUACUGACAACUCUAAAUUUACCUGAAUAUCCUGCUUCAGCUCCUAUUCUAGAGGUUCUAUGUGUCCUACUACUUCAGAAUGCCGGGCCAAAAUCUAAGGAUGUCUCUGCACGUUCCCUGGCGAUUGAUAUUCUUGGUACAAUUGCUGCAAGGUUGAAGCGUGAUGCUUUGGUUUGUAGCCAGGAAAAUUUCUGGAUACUUCAGGAUUUACUUAGUCAGGAUGCUGCUGCUCAGCAUCAUCCAAAAGAUACAUGUUGUGUCUGUUUGGGAGGAAGGGUAGAAAAUUUGUUCAUAUGUCAUGGUUGCCAGAGGCUUUUUCAUGCUGAUUGCCUGGGCAUUAAAGAACAUGAAGUUUCCAGUCGAAAAUGGUCUUGCCAGACAUGCAUCUGUCAUAAGCAACUACUUGUAUUACAAUCAUGUUGCAAUUCCCAGCAAAAGAAUGAUGUGAAAAAGAAUCAUGAUACAGAUUCUGAAGUUUCUAAGCAAGAGAUUGUUCAACAGUUACUUCUGAAUUACCUUCAAGACGUUACUUCAGCUGAUGAUCUGCAUCUUUUCAUCUGCUGGUUUUAUCUCUGCUUGUGGUACAAAGAUGAUUCAAAUUGUCAGCAGAAGUCCAGUUACUACCUUGCUAGAAUGAAAUCAAAAAUCAUUGUACGGGAUUCUAGUACUGUGUCUUCUAUAUUGACUAGGGAUUCAGUCAAGAAGAUUACUUCAGCUUUGGGCCAAAACAGUUCAUUUUGCCGAGGGUUUGAUAAGAUUCUUCACACGCUUCUGGCAAGCUUGAGGGAGAACUCUCCUGUUAUUAGGGCUAAGGCUUUAAAAGCAGUUAGUAUCAUUGUAGAGGCAGAUCCAGAGGUAUUGGGUGAUAAGCGAGUACAAUCAGCUGUUGAAGGAAGGUUUUGUGAUUCUGCAAUAUCUGUUCGAGAAGCAGCAUUGGAACUUGUUGGUAGGCAUAUAGCUUCACAUCCAGGUGUGGGUUUUAAGUAUUUUGAGAAGAUUGCUGAGAGAAUCAAAGAUACUGGAGUAAGUGUUCGGAAACGAGCUAUAAAAAUCAUUCGAGAUAUGUGCACUUCAAAUGCCAACUUCUCUGGAUUUACAAGAGCUUGCACAGAGAUAAUUUCACGUGUUAGUGAUGAUGAAGCAAGCAUCCAGGACCUUGUUUGCAAAACAUUUAGUGAGUUUUGGUUUGAGGAGCCUCCUGCAUCACAAACUCAGGUCUUUGGGGAUGGUAGUACUGUUCCACUUGACAUAGUUAAGAAAACAGAGCAAAUUGUUGAAAUGUUGAGAGGAAUGCCCAAUAAUCAACUUCUUGUAACUGUAAUAAAGCGCAAUUUGUCACUUGAUUUUUUGCCGCAAUCUGCAAAAGCCGUUGGGGUAAACCCAGUGUCCCUUGCAAUAGUGCGUAAGCGUUGUGAGUUGAUGUGCAAAUGCUUGCUGGAGAAGAUGUUGCAGGUUGACGAAAUGAACAAUGAUGGAGUGGAAGUGGGUGCACUUCCAUAUGUGUUAGUCUUGCAUGCAUUUUGUCUUGUGGACCCAACUCUCUGUGCACCUGCUUCAAACCCUUCCCAAUUUGUUGUUACAUUGCAGCCAUAUCUGAAGAGUCAGGUUGACAACCGCACGGUUGCACAGCUACUUGAGAGUAUACUAUUCAUAAUUGAUGCUGUGCUUCCCAUGCUUGGGAAGUUGCCUCCGAGUAUUGUUGGGGAACUUGAGCAAGAUUUGAAACAGAUGAUUGUCCGGCAUUCUUUCUUGACAGUUGUCCAUGCCUGUAUCAAAUGCCUCUGCUCUGUGAGUAAGAUGUCUGGAAAAGGGGCUGCUGUAGUUGAACAACUUAUUCAGUUUUUCUUCAAAUGUUUGGAUACUCAGGCAGUUGAUAACAAGCAGAAAGUUGGACGAUCUCUCUUCUGUCUUGGGUUGCUAAUCCGUUAUGGCAAUAGAUUGUUAGCAAGCUCCAGUAAUAAACUCAUUGAUGUUGGAAGCAGUGUCAAAUUGUUUAUGAAGUAUCUCUGUGUGGAGGAUUUUGUUGUCAAGGUUAGAUCAUUGCAGGCACUAGGGUUUGUACUAAUUGCUAGGCCUGAAUAUAUGCUGGAAAAUGAUGUUGGAAAAGUACUGGAGGAAACAUUAUCCUCUGCAUCUGAUACUCGCCUUAAGAUUCAAGGAUUGCAAAACAUGUUCGAGUAUCUUCUAGAUGCUGAAAGUCAAAUGGGAACGGAUAAAGAUAAUGAAAAUGUUGCUGGUUACUCAGUUGGAGCCGGGAAGAGUGUACCUGUUGCUGCUGGUGCUGGGGAUACUAACAUAUGUGGGGGUAUAGUUCAGUUGUAUUGGGAUAAUAUUUUGGGCAGAUGUUUGGAUUUCAGUGAACAUGUUCGUCAAUCAGCCCUGAAGAUUGUUGAAGUUGUGCUGCGCCAAGGUCUUGUUCAUCCAAUCACCUGUGUUCCAUACCUUAUAGCCCUUGAAACGGAUCCUUUGGAGUCAAAUUCAAAGUUGGCUCAUCAUCUUCUGAUGAAUAUGAAUGAAAAGUACCCUGCAUUUUUUGAAAGCCGCUUGGGUGAUGGACUUCAAAUGUCAUUUAUGUUUAUGCAAUCUAUUUGUGGCAGUUCUGAAAAUGUUGAUCAUAAGAUUCAAUCUAAGACCUCUACUUCUGGAAAAGGGAAGCCCGAGGCUGGCUCCCUUGCUCAAGCUAAACUUGGGGUUUCUCGAAUUUACAAGCUCAUCCGAGGGAACCGGGUGUCAAGGAACAAAUUUUUGUCCUCGAUCGUGCGGAAAUUUGAUAAUCCAAGAUGGAAUAAAUUACUAAUAGCUUUCUUAAUAUACUGCACGGAAGUCCUAGCAUUGCUGCCAUUCAUUUCACCUGACGAGCCCCUUUAUUUAAUCUAUGCUAUCAAUCGAGUAGUUCAAGUAAGGGCUGGACCACUAGAAGCGAACUUUAAAGCCUGGACUUCAAGCAUUUCACGUCAUUGCACACCUCAUGGGAAUGGAAUGUAUCAACAGGGGACCGAUGAGCCUACUGUUGCAAGCCAAGUAAUGCCAUUGGAUUUGAAUGGAACAUUUCAGCAAAAUGUAGAUCUUCAGCCAAAUAUGAAUGACAUGAGAACCCUGGAUUUAAAUGGAUCAAAUCAUCAACUGACAGAUUAUCCUUUAUCGUAUAAUGGUAGCUCAGAAGCAAAUCUGCAUUCUGUGGGUUACACAGAUCCUUUUUCCUUCGCAAAAGAUGAUCUGGAGAAAGUUCAGGCCGACUGUUUAUCAGCAAUUGCAUUGCAGCUUCUUUUGAAGCUAAAGAGACACCUAAAAAUCAUGUAUAGUCUUGAUGAUGCCCGUUGUCAGGCUUAUUCUCCUACCGAACAACCGAAACCUGGAGAGGUUAUCUCCAGACAGAAUAUUGCUUUUAAUAUUGGUGAUUCACAGUUCAGUUUGCCUACAAGUCCGCAAGAAUUGAUACAAAGAUAUCAGGAAUUUAAACAUGCCUUGAGGGAAGACACUGUGGACUAUUCACAUUACACUGCAAAUAUAAAACGAAAGCGACCUACAACUACGCCAAGAAGAGUUCAAGUUCGGAAACCUGUAUACGUGGCAGGUGGGUACGACAACGGGGAUGAUGAUGAGGAUUAUACUGGCGGAAGUGCGACACGCAAGAUAAGUUUUAGUGGCCGCAGGAGUAGCCUUAAGAACUCAAGGCAAUAUGGAUUGAUGUAAAGUACAUGAUAGAUAGGCUAACUUGUACAUUAAAUAGGAAGGAAAAGAAAAAAAAUACAGAAUAGGAUGAGAACCAACUGAAUAGGGGUAAAGGAAACAGGAUGUAGGGAAGCAUGGGCCUGGAUGGAAUACUCCUUGCCUUCUUAGAUGACUAUGAUUUUUGUCUGUUUCCUUCUGUAAUUUGCAUUAUAAUAUAGUGGCUGCAUUCUUUUGUUGAUGAAAAUUUAUCUUAGCUAUCUAAAUGUCAAAUUUGAUUGUUUUCUUCUGCUUA